GCACCUUUCAUGACGGGCUGUCCUCUGGAAUGUCGUUCUACAUUUCACCCUUGCCCAAGUCAAUUCUUUUCGAUUUUUACUUGCACCAUCUACUUAUAGUCUCUAUGUUUUAUCAUUCUUUUUUCUCACUUUUCCAUAAGUGGUAUCACCCACCAUUUAUGACACCAAUCCAACCGCUUAGUUUCAGCUUCAGCACAAGAUCUCACCCUGUCCUUUUCCGAAGUAGUCAUCGAGUCCUUAAUGAUACCGUGAGUUGAAUCUUAGAUUUACAUGGGCGUUUUUGACUUUGUCCCCAACAUUAAAGUUCGUUUUCUGCCAUGAAUGCCUAAGUAACUACACCUUAAUUUCAUCUAACGACCUCUAUGAGACCACCAAUAUUCACCUCUGCGCAUGAAUUAUCGGUUUGGGCAAUCCCGGAU